AUCCAUACCAAUCAUCAUCCUCUCUCCUUCUUCUUUUUCUUCGCAGUUCACAGACCUCACGCUUCAAAGUUCACACACACCCUCUCUGCUGUCUUUCCCCAUCAUGUAAAUUUUUUAUAUUUCCCAUGGAAAUCAUGCCUUCCCCCGUGACCGAUUUAAGCUCUGUAACACUCCAGAUCUCCAGAAGAAUAUAGAAAUCAUUCUACCACCUCUCACUUUUCUUCAUAUCUAUUCCGGUUGUAGUGGCAUCGCCGCCGGCUGCCGUGAAACAGUACGAUGACCAGGAACUGUGGUGUUGAGAGCCCGUCUCCACGACCGCGGAUCCACCAGACUCAUCCACACGAUACCCCUCACUUCCACUCCACUCUCUCCGAACGCAAGCUCCGCCGUUUCAAUACCUUGAUUUUCGUCUUCCGUUUAGCCGCCUUUUCUUCUGCGCUCUCCGCCGCCGUAUUCAUGCUCGCCACCAAGUCCGCCUCCCCUCACUGGAACGACUUCGGAGCCUUCCGAUUCGUUGUAGCAGCAAAUGCAAUAGUCGCUUUAUAUUCAUUAUUCGAAAUGAUUGCUUCUGCUUGGGAGAUUUCUCGAGGUUCUACCAUUUUCCCCGAAUUCUGCCAAGUCUGGUUCGACUUCAGCCAUGAUCAGGUUUUUGCGUACAUGUUGCUGUCGGCGGAUGCGGCGGGGACGGAAAUGGCGAGACAGCUGAGGAGGGUUGCCACGUGUACGGCCAACAACGCGUUUUGCAUCCAAUCGGACAUCGCCGUGGGGUUGGGAUUCGCCGCAUUUUUGUUUCUGAUGAUCUCGUCGUUGCUAUCGGGAUUUAGAGUCGCCUGUUUCGUGAUCAAAGGCUCUAGAUUUCAUCUCUAGGGUUGUUUCAGGUUAAGAGAGACACACCUGAUUAUUGAGCGGGUAAAAUUACAGUGUGAAGAGGAUUGAUUUUGUACGGUGUGCCCUGUUUGUCUCAUUCAAUGGGUUUGUGCCACGUGGCGGAGUGUACGAUUUUCCCGUACUAUUUGAGUAUUGAGAGCGCUAGACCAAAAUGAUGUGUUUCUCCAUCCUCUUUUCUUCAACUCAUUUCAAACAUAAAAUAGUAAAAACGCGCUUUGAUUCGAAUAUAAUAUCCCUAUAAUAUAUAUACUUUUUAAAUUAAUCUUAGC